AUGGCAGAUGAAGCAUUUGAAAACCAGUCAUCACCCAAGAGGGGACGGGGACGACCAAAAGGCGUCAGAGGUACGGCUCGGCCUAGGACAACUCGAGGGAGAAGUCGAGGUAGAGGCAGGGGCAGAUCAGAGGAAGAAGAUUCAAUUUCGAUGGAAAUAAAUAGAACUCUUGAACAAGCGGGGCUACCUUCGUCGGAUAUUAAUUUGAAUUUGGAAGCAGAAAUAAAUCUUCCAACGUCUCCAUACUUGAGCAGAGCACCUUCUCCUACCCCCUCCUUGGCCUCAAUUUCGAGUGGUAGACGACUUGGUUCUUUAUCUCAUGAACUUCCAGCUCCUGGAAGAUUAGCUUCGGUGAGAACGGCACCAACUGGACAUUACUUUCUAUCAACAUCUUCAAGAGUUACAUUACGUGGAACACAAAAAAAAAUAUUUGUUCCGACAAUACCUGAAGCACAUAGAAGGUCUCAACCAACGAUAGCUGCCGACGCAAUUACCCCUGAAAUGUUUGAUAUAGGGGAUAAUGAACCGCUCACAUCUGGUACAGAUUUAAGAGGACGAGGAACAGAUCGAGGAAGAGGAACCCGUGGACGCGGCAGAUUUGUUCCAGAUAUGGUUGCAUCUGGACCGUUCGCAUUUGGUUCAAAUGCUAAUUUCCAGCCAUUGGACACUGCGAACGUUUUUAGCACUUCUGUUAUUGAAGAAAGGAAAAGUAGAACAGAUUAUGCUGAGGAUUUUGAAUCUUUCCGAGAAGAUCCUUGGGCACCAGAUAUACUUUUAGUUGAGCAUGAAAGAGAAGACACUGCUGGUAUAUUAGAAGGCAAGGAUGUGAUUGACAAUAAAAAAUCGAAAGAAAUCAAAAGGAAAAUGAUACAAUUUGUUGAAGAAGAAAAUCAUCUAUUAUGUUUUCAAUUGCCUACCGUCUUACCUGAGUUUGAACCAUCUAAACGUCCAAGGAUGAGUGGUCCGAAUGAUAGGUCGCCCCUUGACAAAGGAAAGGGUAGAGUUACGGAUAAACCAGGACCUGGUCCACCCGUAACGCAAUCGUCAGUAAAGGAGAAGGGUAAGAGUAAAGAAAGGGAACAAGACAAUUCUGAGGAUGCUGUCAAUGGUAAUAAUAAACCAGAGGGUCAGAUAGGACGACUAAUUGUGCGUAGAUCUGGUAAAAUGCAAAUGGUUUUUGGGGAUUUUACAUUUGAUGUCACGGCAGGUUUGAAUCGGACAUUUUUGGAGAAUGCUGUAGUGAUCGACCCUUCUCAAGAAAGUGUUUUUAAUUUAGGACAGAUCACGCAACACUUAGUCGUGAAACCAAACAUUUCAAGUUUAUUGAGUAAUAUGUAA